CAAAAGGAGAGCGAUUCGUCUCCGGUGCAGCCAAAGCGACAGCUGUCAAAGUAGCAGGGGCUCCUACGAGCCAGAACCUAAAAGGUGAACAGCAAUUGUCGUACAUGUUCAAAACGAUGGGGUUAUUCCCCCCUUCUCCGAGUUGAUAAAGAAUUACGCGUGCAUUGCAGUAUCUGGUUGACUGCAACCGCAGUGACUGUCGGAUUAUUUAUCUCCAAGAGGAGCAUACUCAGUGCUGCCACUCUGUGGCUGAAGAAGGAGGACACUCGGGCUGUUUACCUUGCUUCACCAAGGAAUGUGUCUCCGGGAGUUUGUCUGGGUUCAUUUGAGAAGGUGCCGUCUUUGGCCACGCUUCUGCUUAGCAGAUGUGGGUCUCGGAACCUCGCGCUGGCGGGGAAAGGCCUUUCCUAUAGGUAACCUUUGAGGGAUACGAUUGGGGAAGUCCUUUGAAAAGAACACACCAUUACUGGAGAUACCGCAAUCAGACUCCGGAAAUGAAACAUACUGGUUUACAACAGGAACAAACCUCAACGGCUUUCAAGCCAAGUGAGGGCCAGUUAUUACAGCACCUAUUCAAAAAGCAGACUGCGGAGGGAAGUGUGAAUGCUAUGUAAACAACUAGCACAGAAAAUAUAUUUUGGGCUUCAAUCCUGUGCACACUUACUUGGGCCUAAGGCCCAGUGGACUCAAUGGGACUUACACCUGAGUAAAUACGCUUAGAAUGCAUUUAAGACAUGGCUCUAUCAGACGAUAUCAUUAGCACUUCUUUAACUUCAGGCCUGGAUAUACAAUUUUGUUCUCACUACUAUGAAAGUUCUACCACGUUUGAAAAAUAAAUAAAAGUAAAAUGUUUGCUAGAUUUUUUCUAAAAUACCACACACAAUACCCAGCAACAACCAGGUUAAAUGUAAUUAUGAAAUGGGGCAGCCCAAAUAAGUAGUUUAUAAAAGAUUGGCCAUUACUGGGGUUUUCUCCUUCGCCUGCUAGAUUAAAACAACAACAGGCUAAAGCUGCAAAUAUAUUACUUGACGAGUUUAAAAAUGUCAACAAGAAAAACAUGCCUGUUUUUGCUGGAACAAUUCCAUCUCUUCAAAGCAGCUGGUGUCGUCCUCAGCUACUUCCAGAGGAUUUCCUUUGAAAAGCACCCAUUGGCAACACACAACAACAACAAUGUACCGAGAGAUCGCCACUUUCUUUCCGGCUCAUGAUCUACUAUUAAAAUUGUCUGGAUUAUCUUUAACAGAGGAGAUCCUUUUCUUUCGCUGUCGAGGGGCUCAGAAAGAAAGGAAGGAAAAAAGGAAGGAAGGAAGAAAUAUUGUUGCGUUGUUUGUGUGUGCCUGUGCGUGUGUUUUCUUAUUAACAAAAAUACCUAGGCUAAAUUAUAUUCGCGUAUUAUAUUCUGAAUGGAAACAUUGGGGAAGCCUUGCAUGACUAAGCUUGUACCCCCACCCCCACCCCCAAAUAAGGGCUGGGAAGAGAAAGAACGCUUUUAACUGAGGUUGUUUCUUUUCAAUCAGAUCAGAGCUGAUCUUCCCAUUUCGAACUUGUUUGACAUUUCCCUUAAAAAACAACAACACUUAAAUACCACAUAAAUCAACCGGCUGCGUUGCUUUCAUCUUCGGGAGCGGGGGGAGGCUGUCGGAUACUGACGAAAGAAUGAAUGGGGUGGGGGUAAUGGGGAGUUUCCUGGGCGCUCAUUGAUAAUACCCUCAGUCUGUACACCCUAACUUUGUAGAGGUGCCACCCGCGUCACUUCCUUGAUUUAUUUAUCUAUACAAUCACACACACACGCACACAAUUCCUCUCCAGCAGUUCCGAUUACCCCCAGCUUUUUGGCACAGUAGACGAUAACUGCUGCUUGCAAGUUGCUAUCCAUCUGCCAGGCUCCGGCGGCGGCUGAGGUGGCGGGGGGUGUUGUUUGUAACUUUGCUGGCUCGGUGGCGGCGGGUCCCAGGGGAGAAGGGCCCUCCGCCGCUCUCUCAUUGGUCGCCGAGCCGUCAGCUGGUGCUAUUUGCUGCUGUCGCUUUUGGCGCUCGGCCAUCCAGAAACAAACCACUUCGAUGACUACUAAUAGUUAUAGCCAGAUGUACUAAUACACAACAAAUCACGGUCCGGGAUCUGGGGAGCGUCAAUGAGUUCCUAUUUUGUGAAUCACACUUUCCCGGGGAGCCUGCCUAAUGGGCAGGAGUCGUUCCUCGGGCAGAUCCCCCUCUACCCAGCUGGCUACGAGGCUCUGAGGCACUUUCCAGCCUCUUAUGGGGUCAGCAGCCUGCAGGACAAGACCUACUCCUCACCUUGCUUCUACCAACAGUCCACCAGCACGGUCAUCGCCUGCAACCGGGCAUCUUACGACUAUGGAGCCUCCUGCUUCUACUCAGACAAGGACCUGGGCGGCGCCUCCUCGCCCUCGGGUAGUGGCAAGCAGAGGGCCAGCCACCCUGGGGACUAUCUGCCUUGCUUUGCUUCUGACCAGCAGUACAAACCAGAGAGCGGGCCAGCCAAAAUCAUAAACGAAGAAGGCAGCGACCGGAAGUACACCAGUCCCGUUUAUCCCUGGAUGCAAAGGAUGAACUCGUGUGCUGGUGCGGUGUAUGGAACGCAGGGCAGACGGGGCAGACAAACCUACACCAGAUACCAGACCUUAGAGUUAGAGAAGGAAUUCCAUUAUAACAGAUAUUUAACCAGAAGGCGACGGAUUGAGAUCGCCAACGCCCUCUGCCUUACUGAGCGACAGAUUAAAAUCUGGUUUCAAAACAGGCGGAUGAAGUGGAAAAAAGAGAGCAAACUGAUCAAUUCCACCCAGCCCGGCGAAGAAACAGAGGAAAAGACAGGGGAUUAAAACCAUGCUUAAAAAAAAGUCACCAGACUUUUUCAUUAGUGGCUUUUUUCCUUUUCUUCCCUAUCCCUCCCAAUGAGUUUCUUCCAAGAAAAAAAUCCCUAGUUGUGAUUAUUCUUAUUCUGAUAUUCUCAAAGGCUUGAUUAAAAUAUAUACAUAUUUAUAUAUCUACAUCUAUAUAUUUGCAAUUAACUGUGGAUUUCUUUGUGGAUCAAUAGAAUAACUGGACUUAGAAGGGCGUGGUGUACAUAGGUCUCCAAAGCGUAAGUUAGGAUUUUUAAAAUGCUUCAGAUAUGAUUAAGAUUCUUUUUUUAAAAAAAUGUUUCAAGUGGAGCAUCGAUAUCUGAUAGGCUGUGAUUAGAUGGAUUGGCUUCCAGGCACACACAAAAAGCUCCAGUCGCUUGUUCAAAGGGAAACCAUAUUCUAGAAUGGCCAGAGAUGUACAGGCUUCUUAUUUAUGUCUUUGCUACUAAAUCGGGGUAUAUUAUUGCUCAUCGUUCUUCUCCUGUUCACCUCAAACCUGAGCCCAUUCAUUCGGAAAUAAAAACCCACUGAUUUCAAUGGGACUUCUUGAAAUGUACCCUGGCAUGGCAACUUUAUGGCACCAAAAUAUUAAGGAUUAAGAAAACCUUGUUUCCUUGUACAUUUGAAUGAAACAUAUGAAUGGAACUCUCCAAAAAUAGGAAACGUGGCAAUUUCAAUAUUGAGAUUAAGUUUUUUAAAAAUCUUUAAUUGUUGAUGGCUCACUAUGUGAGUUUUAAAAUGGCCACUUUAUUUUUUUUUUUUGAAAAAUAGCAAAACCCUGAAUUUUUCAAGGGUCAAAAUACUGUAAAUAAAAGCAUAAAAAGUGAAAGAAGAGUCUUUUUAGGUGGGCAGGGUUCUUAUUAGAGUUUUAUUGGAAAUAUAUUCCUUGAACAUCAAGGGUGGCUUUGAUUUCUAAGUAAUAAGGACGGAGUAGGCAAAAUACUGUUGGAUGUUUUCCUACUCCUUCAUGUUUGGUUAAAUUACUAGACAACAACAAAUAUGCUUAAUAAUAAUAAUAAUAAACUAAGGUAGAAAUGCAGCUAUUGUCAUAUGGUGUCAUAGAGGAUGUGUAAAGGAAGGAUCAGAUGCACGCAAGGUUUGCUUUAAAUAACAGUUCAGUGAAAAUGUAUCGUCAUAUAUGCUGUUAAGAGUGUUUGGCGUCCUAUGUAUAUAUGUGGAAACGAAGAUAUUUUUCCAUACUGUGAGAACUGUACCUAUUGGGCGAUGGCUCUGAAUAUUAA